AUGUCCACAUUGCAUGCUCCUUUUUUGCCGUUCCAAGUGUUAACUAUAGAACAGGCGACGAACAGAGUCCAGUGCCUUGUGGACACGUUCAACACAUACAAAGAUUGUCUGCCCUAUUGCAGUUUGCCUGCAAGAGAGCAUCUGCAGUGGAAUACUGCGUUUGAGACGUUAUUGCAUCAUGUCGGAGUCAUAGAGACGUCCCUCAUCAAGCUGUGUAUACUGUACCCAGACGAAGUAGUGCGGACAUCGAUCGCUAUAGUCAUCUGUACUCACCAACAGCAGGAGCUCAUAUUGGCCUCCUGCGGGAAAUGCGAAGCUGGAUACAUCCUCACGUUCUCAACUAUUCGGUAUAUGACACGCUAUCUCGAUGCACUGGGCAUGCAGCUAUAUACCACAAUUCGCUGGAUCAAGUCAGAAGAGGGCAAGUACCACUGGGGGAUGGUGAACGAAGCGAUAGCCAAUAUGCAUAAUACCUUCAGCCGGUUCUCACUGUCUACCAUUGCAUGCGCUAUAGGGAGUCAGGUAUACUUGUCAUGCUUCCGUGAAGCAAGCGGACGUCAGACACGCACUGGGCCUCCCACUCCUUUGACUGAAGUCCUUCGAAAAUUCGAGCUGCCUUGUUGCUUGCGAAUAGAUCCCUGUCAUGCUGUUGACCUAUGGGCUUUCCCAGAUCUGAGCCCACUGCUGCGUAAUUUCACGCCCCUGAAUGUUUCGCAUCUCCACCCCGGCGGACAUUCUGAAUCAGAGUGUCGUCAAGCGAAUGAAGCUCAGCGGUCGUCUUCAUUAUCGUGCCGUCGGAUCUCCAUCGCCCUUUCUAACCGCCGGUUAUAUGUGUCGAGGAUACCCAGCUAUCGCCCCAGGCGAUCUCGGGCUCGGUGUAUGCCAUGUAAUUUGGUAUCCUCGAGAUCAGACGUAUCACUUACUCUGAACCUACACAAAAAGCGUUGUCGAAGCAAGGGUCCUGCAUCCGCAGCUUCGGUCGGUCUCUUCGAAGGCGAUGUUCCGCGUUCUCCUGUUUACAAAAAGCGGGCUCUCGAAGUAAUGGAAGAGGUCACUUGGGUUUUGAAGGAGGACUUUCCUUCGCCGCUUGGAGGCGACACCUUGACUCCGGACUCAGCCACUGCGCUGCUUCUACCUCGUCGAAGGGAUUCGGUAGAUUCGGAGGUCACUCUCGUGGAUAACUCAAACGAGGAUUUCAAAGAGGAUAUUAAGGACGAUUCAAUGGAGGGUAUAGAAUGGGAUAUCUCGGAGAACAUCAAGGACCAGUCCCAUAGAGCCACCAGCCCCGAACCGCCAUCAUCUAGGGCGUCAUCGGUUACCGGCUGCAGUGAAGCUGGAAGCAGCGAUGACAGCACUCUUGUGGGUCCUGAGGAGCAGCCCAUUCUCAUACCCUCACGCGACGAUGCACCUAAAUCUUCCUGGUUGACGAUGCUCUGGGAAAUGUUGCUGCGUCGCUGA